AUGCAAGUCAUUGAGAUGUUCUCACAGUCGGAGAUGGCAGCGAUGACGCUGACCAUUGAAGAAAAAAUCGCAAAGGCCAAAGCUGCCUUGACGCGGUUGUUUGAAAAAGGAGUGCCUUGUGUUCUGGCCUACAGCGCCGGCAAGGAUUCGAGCUGCUGCGCUUUGCUACUACUGAAUACCGCGAAGGAAUUUGCUGCAAUAGGUGGGACCCCAUUCGUUGUGAUCAGCAAUGGCCAGACCCUUGUUGAAAAUCCAGAAGUUACGCUUCACGUGGAGAGUGAGCUUCGCAAGAUGAAACGGUAUGCGCAAAAACAUGGCAUCCGAUUGAUUACGAACGUUGCGACACCAGGGCUUGCAUCAACCUUUCAAAUUAAGAUCUUGUCAGGGCGAGGUAUCCCGUCAUAUGCCGGCGGCAGCAACGACUGCUCGAUUGAUUUAAAGGUUCAGCCAAUGAUUGGCGCUCGCAGAAAAAUCUUUCGCUUACUCAAAUCGGAAGGUCUUCCUGAACCGGUCACGAUUCUUGGUACACGCUUUGAUGAAAGCGAAGAACGGAAAUCCAAGAUGCUCGCGCGCCGUGACGACGCUGAUCACCCAGUGCUCAAUAAAGAUGGUGAUCUGGUGCUGUGUCCUAUUGCUACUUGGUCGACCGACGAUGUCUGGGAAGCAAUUGGAAUGGCAGCUUCGGAAUUGAUCGACACCUACUCCGAUUUCGCAGAAACAAAACGCAUCUAUGGUGCAAGCAUGGGCACAUCCUGCGCAGUCGUUGCAGAUGCUCUCUACGAAGGAACCAAUCGACCGAAAGGCGGAGGUUGUGGGGCCAGGUUGGGAUGUUGGUCAUGCAUGAAAGCCGAAGAUCGAUCACUAGCCAACAUGAUCGAAUUUGAGCCGAGAUAUGAAUACGCUCGCGGACUCAACAAGCUCAACAAGUUCAUUCGCGCCAUUCAAUACGACUGGAAGCGCAGGCACUGGGUCGGCAGAACCAUCCGCAAGGGGUACAUCGCCAUUCAGCCAGAUACUUUCCAUCCGUCCACGAUCAGAGAGUUGUUUCGCUACAUGCUGCAGCUCGAUAAAGAUGAAAGAGACCGGGCCAGCGAUGCUGGUGAGCGACCGAUGUUCGAGAUCCUUCCAACGGACAUGAUCAUUGCCAUCGAUGCGAUGCAGUCUCUACAUGGAUUGGCCAGGCCUUUUCAGUGCUGGGCAGACUACCGUGAUGUGAACACCCGUGGCAUCCGGUAUGACAUUCCUGAAAUUUAUGCGACGCCUAAAUCGCCGCUGCCCGACGCAAGGUUCAUCUAUGUCGGCGAGAACUGGGACACCAAUGCCAAUGGCAGCACCUGGGCGGGCUUAAGGGAUCCGUUCAUGGAAGCAAUGACGGAAGACUCACCUUGCGCUCCCGCGCUUCGCAUGAACAAACAUGGCGAGAUGGUGUGGUCGGUACCCACGGAAAGCUCGUUCGGCAUCAACAUUGAAUCAGCAUGCAUGCUUGAGGACAUGGAAAUGGACAGGAUGCUUGCCAAGUUUGACCGGGGAAAUCACCUGAGCGGCAUCACCGAAGGCUACAAGUUCUACCUGCAGUAUGGAGUUCUUGAGUUGUCCCAUGCGCAGAAUCUGGAACAUGACACCUUCUGCCGGCGAACGGAACACAAGCAACGCUUGGGUUUGACGCUUGAAUACGACAUCGACGAACUUCUGGCGAAGUCGGUGCCCUUCUCGGCACUGCCCGAUGACGCACGCAAGGUCUGGUCCUUCAAAGCCAGCACUGCUACAGCGCAGACAGGGUUUUGGGAUGAAUUACAGCCUGGCGCUGUGAUUGAAACUGAAGACGUUUGA